AUGUCCUCGCCUCGAGCUACACUGUCGGCCACACCGUCGGUCGACGAGGAAAACAAGGUUGUUUCAUCACCAGCGAUGCGACAAUUGGCCCACGACGGCGGCCUCGCAGCGUGGACGGUCGUGCUCGGCACGUGGCGCACGUCGUUUUGCAGCUUCGGCUGGCUCAACAUAACGCUACCUGCUGGCGGUCGGUACCGUUUUGCACCCGUUGGCGUGGCGGCCAUUUUCCAGCCGGCUGUGACGUCUGUGGCCGGGUGGUUUGACGGGCGCCGGAGCCUUGCGUUUGGCAUUGCCUUUACAAGAUCGAGUCUGGGCGGCGUUUUGUUGCCCACCAUGGUGACGCGCCUGAUGGCGCGGGUCGGUUUCGGUUGGUCGAUGCGCAUCUCGGCGUUUGUCAACCUGUUUCUGCUGUUGAUUGCCAAUAUCUCGGUCCGGCCGUACGCCGCCCCACCGCAGCACGACGUCCAGCCAUUGCCAACGGCACCGAAACGACGCAAUCCCUUGACAGAACCCAGCUGUGUCCUCUUGAUGGCCCGUUUCUUCUUGUUCAGCUACGGCUGCUUCAUCAUCUCCCUGCCCGUCCAUGCCCCGGCCGCCGGCAUGGACGCCAACCUUGCGGCGUGCAUGCUGCCCAUCAUGAAUGUCGGCUCCCUGUUUGGGCGCCUCUUUACCGGCUGGAGUGGCGACAAGACUGGGCAGUUCAACGUGUUUAUUGCUGUGUGA